AUGGCGGGCCAUCCUUUACUUCGCACAAUCUCAUCAGUCGAAAGACGGCCUUCCAAGACAUGGUUUUUAGGUAGCUGGUUCUUUCCGUUGAUCUCAGCAUGCAUGUGGCUCGGCAUGCUCCUUGCUUUGUUCUGUGUUUGGGAAGCUGAUGGCCAUCCUCACUUGCCAUCCAUGGACAAAGGACAAACAAUUGCCUACAUCAGUGACACCGCCGCUUUCGGCCUCAAGCCUCUCUUCAUCACCGGCAGUGUCAUCACCACUGUCUUCCUUGACUUGGGCUUCAUAGCCGAACGUUACUUACGCCACACUGGUCGACUUGCACCCAAUACCUCCAUGGCCCAGGAAGUUCUCUCCGCUCUGGCCAUCUUCUUUGCCAUUGCGGGCUCUGCCGGCUUGAUCCUCCUCAGUAUUUUCGACACCUACCGCCAUGAAAAGGUCCAUGACGGAUGUCUCCUCCUUUUCAUAGCAGGAUUUGUUCUGUCUGCCGUUUUUCUGUGCGCUGAAUAUCAGAGACUGGGAGCUCACUACCGCAACCACCCAAUCCUCCGUAUUUCCUUCUGGGUCAAACUGAGUUUCAUCCUCAUCGAAGUCGCUUUAGCCGUCGUCUUCGCCGCAACGUCUUGGAAUGAUCAUCAAAAUGUCGCCGCGGUCUUCGAAUGGAUCAUCGCUCUCGUCUUCACCGGCUAUAUCCUAUCUUUCCUCCUCGAUCUCCUUCCUAGCGCCAGGACGCCACAUCACCUACCUCAAGGCAUCGAACAGGCCCGCCUCGAAAAGGAUCGGAACGCUGUAUAUGGAUCACAACAACCACCGCUUAUGGCGAGCACCGCGAUCACCACUCGGAAUAUGACCCCAUCAGACGAUCUUGAGGCUAGUGGAUAUCGAGGCACGGCCAUGACCAAUGGCGCAGGAGCCAGACACCCCGCCCAGCACAACGAUUUGGGCCGCCAGAAGAAGUGGGGCAUUGGACGAUUUAGGAUUUAA